CACUUGUCUGAAACCCAGACGCAUCCCACGUAGGUGGGGGGUAAAGCAUUACUACCAGGCAGGGGGUAAUUAGGCUUUUAAAAUAGCGUAUUAAUGCCUUGCUGUCACUGAUAUUCUUUAGUAUUCUGUAACAGAUGCAAAACGGAUAUGUCGCACUGUUUGUUCUCACGCCGACCCCAGGGCUCUCAUGUUUCCGUUACUUGGCUCUGAACGCUGUAACGUUGUCUAGUCGUUACUUUGCGCCCAAUAUCCUGCCGCCUGAAGCGCUGCUGGCCAGAUGGUGACUCGCGGUAAUCUCCUUAGCACCGCGUACCGCAUGUUCUGAUUGAGAGAGGUACGACAGAGAGAAAAAAAGAGGAGCUUUGACAAGUUGAGCUGUAUUGGCAUUCAGGUUUUUUUUUCUGACGAAUUGUGGACUAGAACGACGGACAAAAUAACUCAAGUCAUGUUUGGAGAGGACUAUUUUUUCUACUGGAGCGGCGGCUGCUAUCACUGACAGACAGAUUGUGAAAUCCUACCUAUCAUGUGAAGGCUUUGGUUGUGGUUUGUGUGUUGUGUGUGUGUGUGUGUGUGUGUGUGUUUUUAUAUAUGUGUGUGCGAGUGACAGAGACAGUGUAACAAAGAGCUAAGUUUUGUAGCCUCGCUCUAGGGGCACUGGCCUGUAACAAAUGUCCCUGUAACCCUGGAACUAUGAAACCAUGACAGUCAUCACUUAUUCAAGCAUUGCUGGAACGCUUCCGAAAGAAAUCCGGGUUUGUGAACAUCCCUCUGCCCCCGAGAAUGUUGCAGCACCCAGGUCUAAUAUUCUAGAACCUCAGACCAUGCAGGACCCCUUGGAGAACCCAAUUCUAGAAUUGUGUGGGGUCAAAGGCCAGAGAUGGAUGGAACAGAAAGAAGACAAGGGAGAAACAAAGGGAGAGAAUGCAAAAAGGAAGAGACAAACUUGGAGCAGAGGAGUCAGCAGAGAGAGGAUGGAGAGAGUAAGGAGAGAGGAGCAGUGUAACUUAAGGAACAAAUGCAACAAGAAAGUUAUAAAAGACCUUAUAAGUGGGAGGAAAUGCUUGAAUGGAAAGUAUGAGAGCAAGACUGAUGUUACUGGGAUUCUGUCAGCUGCAGAAACAGAAGGUGAAAUCAAUCAAAUGGAGAAAAGGUUAACAAAAAGGAAGACAAUGCCUGUUUUUUCUUGGUUAUUUAACCUGAAAAACAUCACUGGAACAAUGGAAAACAUGAUGAAAGGGAUGAGGUGGCAUCAUAUCUUCCUCUGGUUAACCCUCCUCCUCUUCAGCCUAUGUCCAAAAUCUGCUUCAUCACAGGGAAAUUUCCCACGAAUGGAGAACAUUGCUGCCUUCAAACCUGUGUCGACCUCUCCGGUUCGUUCCACCUGUGGGGUUCCAGAGCGGAGCAGCUACUGCCAGUCCCCGUCCUCCCAGACUGAGCUGAUGACAUGUUAUCAGGCCUUCUGUAUCCAGGAGUGUCCCUAUAGAUCCUCCACACCUCCGUAUGCCCCUCUGCUUCUGCCUGCACACAGGGGUACCUGUGUAACUGAGGACAGGAAUGACACUCGCCCUGAGACUCAGACAAAGACCGGAACCUCUACUAGUCCAGAGGGGAUUGCUGGUGGAUCCAGUAGUGUGCGGUUUCUGCCAUUCCCGGAUGGAUGUCUGGUCUCUCCCUCCUCACAGAAACUAGGAACGUUGGGUUCCCUCACCCUGGCAUUGUGGAUAAAACCAAGCUCUCCUGGAGAGAUGAUGCUGCUGGAGAAGAGCUCAGGGGAGAGGUUGUUUUUUUCUGUGACAGUGUCCGAGCAGGCGGUCACCCUGCGGUAUGGUCAGACCAGCAGUCAGAAUCCUUUGACCAUCAGCUUCAGAACAGAGGGGAGGCUUACACUGGAGAGAUGGACACACAUUGUUUUGCAGGUCCAUGACAGGCGUGUGAGUCUAUUUCUGGAUGGGCUUGAGGAGGAUGGGACACCAUUUGACACACAACCUCUGACCGCCAGGCUAUCUGAUAUCAGCGUGGAUGGUGCCAUGUGGGUGGGACUCAGCUCCAACGGGUCUAAUCAGUUCAUUGGGCGAAUGCAAGACUUUAGAUUUUAUCCUGCCACUCUGACCAACAGGGAAAUAGUGGAGGUGUAUUCAGGGGUCCUGCCCCAGCUCCAUGCCCAGUCAGAGUGUCGCUGUCCCCCCAGUCACCCAAGAGUGCACCCUUUAGUUGUGAGAUACUGCAUUCCCAAUGGUGUUGAGGACACAACCAAUGACAGAGUUUUAAGACUCAACCUUAAUGCCCAUCCACUCAGUUAUAUCAAUGAUCAGGACAUGGGCACCACGUGGCUUUCUAAGAUCAUGACUACAGAGGAAAUGGAUGAAGGAGUCACUAUAACUGUGGAUUUGGCGAAUGGACAAUACCAGAUAUUCUACGUUAUAGUACAAUUUGGGGGGCUCUUGCCAGAGUCAGUUCUGAUCCAAAGACGGAUGCUUUACCUCACGGAACUUGAGAGUGGCACCACCACAGAACAGCCCUGGUUGGACUGGCAAUAUAUGGCCAGAAACUGCACUGUGUUUCAAAUGCAGAACAAUGGGCCUUUACUGAGACCAGAUUCAGUCAACUGUCUGCAGCUGCCCAGCGAUGUUCCCUUCUCAGGAGGUAACAUUAUAUUCAGCCUGCUGACCCCAGAGCCAAACCUGAGGCCAGGCUAUAACAACUUCUACAACACUCCUGCUCUGCAGAAGAUGGUACAUGCCACCCAGGUCAGGAUACACCUGAAUGGACAAUCCCACUCUAGAGCAGCCGGGGUGAACCAGCGUCACAGAUACUACUCCAUCAAUGAGAUCACCAUCAGUGGCAGAUGUGAGUGUCACGGCCAUGCAGACCACUGUGAUACCAGUGUGACGCCCUAUCGCUGUCUGUGUCUGCCUGAGAGCCACACAGAGGGGAACAAUUGCCAGCGUUGUGCGCCCCUCUACAAUGACAAGCCAUUCAGGUCAGGUGACCAGCUCCAGCCUAUGAACUGCCGGUCUUGUCAGUGUCACGGCCACGCCCUCUCCUGUCAUUACGAUGUUGGAGCUGAUGAGCAGCCGGAUGAGCACUAUCGAGGAGGAGGAGGCGUCUGUGACAACUGCAUUCACAACACCACAGGUACAAACUGCGAGCUGUGUAUAAGAGGGUUUUUCAGGCUGGAGGAAUCUGAUCCCACUUCCGUCGAUUUGUGUCAGCCUUGCAACUGUAACACUGAUGGAACAGUCAACAGCAGCAUGGAGUGUGCCCAGGUAGGAGGUCAGUGUCAAUGUAAGGUUGCAGUAACUGGACGUCAGUGUGCAAAGUGUCUGCCUGGUUGGUAUGGUCUUAAAGCCUCAAAUCCAAAUGGCUGCACCCGCUGUAACUGCAGUGACAUUGGCAUCAUUAGCAACUCAACAGAAGGAGUUCCCAGCUGUAACCAGGACACUGGACUGUGCCAGUGUAAACCCCAUGUCACAGGUCUUUCUUGUGACCGCUGUGAGUUUGGGUAUUGGAACCUCUCCCACCAUGACGGCUGUGUCCCGUGUGACUGUGACCCCCUGGGUUCCCUCAGCCCGUUCUGUGAGCCUGAGGGGGGACAGUGUGAGUGCAAGCACGGGGUGGGGGGGCAGCGCUGUGACUCUUGUGGCAGGGGUUCAUAUGGUUUAAGACUGGAGGGAUCCUGUGUCAGCUGCAACUGCUCACAAAAAGGGACAAUACCUGGGACAGACUGUGAUCCUCACACAGGACAGUGUGUGUGUAAGGAACAUGUGGAAGGCCGUCGCUGUGACUCUUGCCGUCGUGGUUACCACACCCUGGAGCAGCGAAACUCCCUGGGCUGUCUGCCGUGUGCAUGUGACAUUCAGGGCACUGUGCCAGAGGGUGUAUGUGAUAUGUGGACUGGACAGUGUCUAUGCCGAGAAGGGGCUGAGGGAGCACAGUGUACCAGCUGUGCCCAUAACUACUACAACAGGAGUUUACUCGUCCAGAAGGGAUUGUCCCAGGGCUGUGUACCUUGUAUUUGUGACCUCAGAGGGACAGUGACGGGGUCAGUAUGUGACAGCACCACAGGGCAGUGUGUUUGUGUUCCUACACGCUAUGGAAAGGACUGCAGUAGCUGUCGAACUGGCUACUACCUCUCUCCAGAUCAGAGUAUGUGUGCAGAGUGUGACUGCCAUCCAAUGGGAGCAUCACAGCGUGGUUGUGAGAGCCAGACUGGACAGUGUGUGUGCGCCCAUCCGUCAGUGGGAGGGCGACGCUGUGACCAGUGUCGUGAGAUGUUCUUUGGAUUCAACCCUGGCCUGGGCAGAUGCCAGCCUUGUGCAUGUGACCCGGUGGGCAGUGUCAAUAGUUCAUGUCAUCCAGACUCAGGGGUUUGUGUGUGCAAGCCGCUAGUAACUGGAGAGCGGUGUGAUAUAUGUCAACCUGGAGCGAGUCAUUUCGACCCUGAGAGCCACUUUGGCUGCAGUAAAGCACCCUCCCAACAACCGGCACCAGUAGGUUUUGCUCUCAGUUAUUCUUCCAUUCAUCUCUUUUGGCAUCCACCUGACUCCCCAAACUCAAACAGACUCAACUACACACUCAUCAGGGAUGGACAGUCAGUGAACAGCAUUCACAGUCACUAUCCUUUCAGCCCUGAAUCAUUUGAAGACACUGGUUUAUUUCCCUACACCAACUACUCUUACUGGCUUAUAACAGCUAAUGUGGCCGGUGCAACAAUAAGUGCAUCAGCCUCAUACCAAACUUUCAGCGCACCGCCGGAAGCCGAACAGCUCCAUUUACAUCUUGUGGGACGACCUGGUCCAACCACCGCUAGCUUUAGCUGGAGUCUACCACGAAAUGAUACAGGCCCAGUGGAAAGGUUUGUCUUAUCAUCCAUGGAGUUUAGUGGAGCAGAGCCUGUCAUUCACUACACAGGCUUAUCUACAGAGGCUGUGGCAAGCGGUCUAAAGCCCUUCACCCAAUACACUGUAAUACUGGAGGCGUGCUCUUCUGGGGGAUGCACCUCUACCCCACCACUGUCUUUUCUGACAGCCUCUGCUCCCCCACAAAACCAACCCCCACCCAGAGUCACUGCUACAGGACCACAUACACUGCGAGCUUCUUGGGAGCCCCCCAGUCAGCCAAAUGGUGUUAUAACAAGGUAUGAAGUCUUUCUACGUGGACCAAUGGACCUUCAAAACCCUUCAACCCCUGCUGUUGAGAAGAGAGUGUUUCUCAGCGCUGGUUGGUUGGAUCCAAGUGUUUCUUCAGGAGCACAGCUAACCAACAGGAGCACAGUCUCACCCCUUGAGAGCACUACCAUUGUUGGAAAUCUGCAGCCAUUUUCCACCUAUCAGAUGAGAGUCGUGAGCAGCAAUAUGGCAGGAAGUGUCACAUCAGGGUGGACCACAGCACGCACCAUGGAAGGAGUCCCAGAGUUGAUGGCUCCUCCAGAAGUGUUUGCACUGUCAUCCACCAGUCUCAAAGUUACUUGGAGCACUACUGAGGGUCAAGGGAUCAUCGCCAGAGGACAAGUCACAGAAUAUCGAGUCAACAUGCUCUCUGAACAAACCAGCAAUCCCUAUGCUCCUCCAGUUGUUAGUCAGGUCUUACAUAGGGUGGGACCAUCGUCACAGCCUGUUUAUUUAGUAGAAGGACUGAAGCCUUACCAUGUGUACAACUUCACUGUUACACUCUGCACAACUACGGGUUGCAUUUCCAGUCUUCCAAACACAGGACGGACCCUACCAGCAGCUCCAACAGGAAUGUCUCCACCUCAAUUACAUCCAGUAAAUGAAACCACAAUUCAGAUAGACUGGAACCCCCCAGCCCAACUCAAUGGACCACACCCACUAUAUCAGGUGGAGAGGACAGACGUCUCUCUUUCUGACCCACAAGGUCCUGUUGUCAGAGGAACCAGAUUCCCAGGAAACGGUUACUACCGGUUUCCUAGUGACACCCUUCCUGUCAACACUGAUUUCACAGGUGUGGAGUUGAGUUUUAAGACUCUGUCCCCAGAUGGACUGCUGCUCUGUGCCUUCUCUCCAGGAAAUCAGGAAGAGUUCCUAGCUAUUCAGCUCAAAAAUGGACGCCCCUACUUUUUGUUCGAUCCACAGGGCUCAGCAGUGGCUGUGAGUGUACAGGAUGAUGGAGGGCGUGGCUACAAUGAUGGACAAUGGCACAGCAUCAUAGCAACAAGGCGAGGGGCCGUGGGAACAAUCGUUGUAAACAAUCAAUACAGAGGAAAUUCAUCCGCUUUCAGUGGCAGCACCAUUAUUGGUGAGAACACAGGAAUGUUUAUUGGAGGGCUGCCUGAAGACUUUACUUUGCUACGAGAGGAUUCAGGUGAUGCUCGACUAGUGCAACAGGGUUUCUCUGGUUGCCUCAGAGACGUGAGUUUUAAGGUGACUGACGGUCCCUCAGAGGAGUGGAAAUCUCUGGAUUGGGCAAAAGCCACAAAGAAGGUGGCAGUGUAUGAAAGCUGGGAGGGCUGCCCUAUUCAAACUGUGGACGGAGCCCAUUUUCUAGGACAUGGUUACUUGGAGAUGGGCAAAGAUGUUUUUAAUGGAGGAAAGGACUUUGACAUUUCUAUGGAUUUCAGAACAGACCAGCUCAAUGCACUUUUGCUCUUUACAUACAACACACAAACGGAAGAUUACAUGCUGGUGGAGCUGGAAGCCGGUCUCCUGUCCUUCAUUCUUGCCUCUGAAGGUCACGUGACUGAACUCAGCAUGUGGGUGGGGCUUAGCUACUGCAAUGGAGACUGGAAACAGAUUUCUUUGGCAAAACGUGGCUUGCUCAUUUCUGCUGCAGUCAAUGACUGGGCGGAAGAGACAAGGGGAGUGGGAGAACCAGUGAGGCUGAAGGUUGAUUCGCCAUUAUACUUGGGGGGUGUGCCCAUGGAGCUCAUACAUCCUGCUCUAGAGAGCAAAAGUCACAAACACGGCCUAGGAGGUUGCAUAAGGGGUCUUACCAUACGAAGGGAUGAAUCAAACCCUCCUGUCAGUCAAAGUGUAAAUCUCUCUGUUGCCUCCCGCCGUUCUGUAAGAGUCUACUUAGACGGCUGUCCCUCCAGUGAAAGCCGGUACAACUGCAGAGGAAACGAUUCAGUUUUGGUGUAUAGUGGGAGGAAGACACAAGCCACAGAUCAUAGCCUACAGCCUUUCACUGAGUACUUGUACAGGUUGGUGGCCUUGGCUGCAGGAGGUUGGGCGGCAGGACCUUGGCAAAGAGGACGCAGCAAAAGCAAAGUACCUAGGUCUGUACCACCUCCUACUACAGUGCAGAGCUUGAAUGGCUUCAGUGCCAAGGUGAGCUGGGUGCCACCCACUGGGGACAUCAGAGGGCUGAUUGACAGAUAUGAACUGAAAGCCUACAAUAGAGAUCAGCCAGAGGUACCACCUAUCAAAGCCACAUACCUGGCCAAUGGAAAUUUCACAGGUGUGCUGCCGAGUCUCACUCCUUCCACUCGAUACGUUAUCACCGUAAGUGCCUGUAGUCCUGUUGGCUGCACUGAGAGUCUUCAUAAUGACAAUGGUGAUGAUAAUGAUUUCGGAUUGAGCUUCACAACCCCGGAGGAAGCUCCAGAUGCUGUCUCUCCUCCUGCCACAGUCUCAUCCCCCUCAGCUCUCUAUGUUACCUGGGAACCUCCAGCAAGGCCCAAUGGAGGAAUUACAGAGUACCUUCUCUUUCACAACAACCAAAUGGUCUACAGGGGGGAAGACAGACAACACAACAUCACUGGUCUUGGUGUGUAUUCCACCCAUGUCCUACUACUGACUGCGUGCACUUCAGUGGGAUGCACCAACAGUUCACAAGUUACUGUGCUGACCUCUCAGCUUCCUCCAGGGCCUCUACAUGCACCAACUCUUACCCUGAUUGACUCACGGACUAUUCUGGUGGAGUGGUCCCGUCCCUCUCAGGUGAAUGGCGCUUUGGAGUUCUAUUCCAUCUUCCUGUCACAUGAUGGUGCAGUGCCUGUGCUAGCCUAUAACAGCUCAAAACUUUUUGAAGACCACACACUCCGCAACUUAACCCCUGGAACAGCUUACACCAUCACACUCGCCGCCUGCACAGGAGGUGGGUGUACCUUAAGCCCUCCCAGCAUGGCACAGACUGAGGAGAGCACCCCAGAGAAUGUACCUGCACCACUGGUCAUACCUCUGUCCCCACAUGCACUCAACGUCAGCUGGACACCUCCUGGUACUCCAAAUGGCAUUAUCACCAGUUAUGGUCUCUGGCUGGAUGGACUUCUCAUUUUAAACUCCAGUUCCUUCCAGAGGUUCUUUGUGGUGGAGGGACUCUCUCCGUGGAGCCGACACCUACUCAGGCUGCAGGCCUGUACAGCACAGGGCUGUGGCAAGGGACCAAUGGUGGAGAUGCGUACCUUAGAGAUGGCCCCAGAAGGCCCAAUACUGCUGGAACUGACCAAUCAGAGCUCUCGGUCACUUCGAGCCCGCUGGACAGCUCCACCAAGACCUAAUGGGAACCUCAGCUACACACUGUACUACAAAAGCAAAGAUGGUGAUGGUGUGUUGGAUGGAAGUUCAGCAGCGGGCAGCUGGUUGUCCGUGAGUGACCUACAGCCUUACACCAACUACAGCUUCUGGAUCAGAGGUUGUAACACAAAGGGUUGUGUUGAAAGCCUGCCACUCAAUGUCACUACACCCCCAACAGCCCCAGAUGGGUUGUCACCUCCAAGGCAGGCCCAUGCAACUAGUACCAGUCUUAAUGUAUCCUGGUCUGGCCCUGCCCACUCAAACGCUCCAGGCCCACUCCUUUACAACCUGCAAAUGAGGACUUCUCCUCAGAGGCCUGUACUAAGGCUAGUGGAAAACGCAACAGACACCUUUUCCUACCAUGUAGAGAGCCUGUCACCAUACACCCUGUACGGCUUUAGAGUGGUGGUCUCACACACACAUGGGCAGACAGCCGGACCAUGGGCAAUCCUGCGCACCGCAGAAGACAGUCCAGGACCAGUGGACACUCCAGCUGUAUCUGGGCUCUACCCUCGAAGUGUAACAAUUAGCUGGGUUCCUCCCUCCCAGCCAAAUGGCAUUAUCAUCAAGUAUAACCUCUAUCUUUGCCCCAGCUCCAUCUCUUCUUUAGAUUUCAAUCCCAGCUCAGUCUCCAGUACCAGCACGACCCUCAACUCCAGCUCAGGUCAUGACCUCAGGUCAACAUCCAAUCUUACCACCCAAGGCUCAAGCCACAUGUCCAUGUCCACUGUCUACACAGGCAAUAAUGACAGCUCAAGCACAAUCCAUUGCACUAGACCCAACCUCCUCCCUCACCCUUUUGCUAGCUUGAGGCCUGGAAUCGCAAAAGACAACCAAAUCAAAUCCAAUGGUGUAAGCAAUACAAGCCAAGGGCUCGCUUCCGUAUCAUUUUACCCCACUGAACCAGAUACUGCCAGUGUAAACCCAAGCCCCAGUCUUUUACUGCCACACCCAGAAUACAAUGCAACCAGCUUGAAUACUGAACAUAUUGUAAAACAAGACUCCUUUCACAGCAAUUCUGGUUUCUUUAGUGCAGCUUUAGAUUCAAGUCCAUCCCUUCUAUCAGUCACUGUUCCAGGGAACACCACUAGCUACACUUUCCUCAACCUACUGCCAUACCAGGCUUACAGCGUCCAGGUGGAGGCGUGCACCAGUGUAGGUUGUGCAGUGUCUGGGAUGUCUCAGGAGUUUCGUACCCUCCCGGCUCCCCCUGAAGGGGUUCCUGCACCUCACGUUUACUCUGACACCCCCACUUCUGUUCUUUUGUCCUGGGGUGCACCGGAUUCGACCAAUGGACCACUGGAGCGGUGGCUGAUUGAGCGCAGAGUUGCUGGGACCAAACAAGUCUCCACAGUGGGCCAUUUCCCACCAGACCCUCCCCCUCUUUCCUUCCUGGACUCUUCAUCGGCUCUCAGCCCCUGGACUAGCUACCAGUAUCGACUUGUGCUCCAUAAUCAGGCUGGCAACACUGCAGGACCCUGGGUCAAUAUCACCACAAGACCUUCUCGACCAGCUGGUCUCAGUACACCAAGGGUGAAGAUCUUGGGGCCAGAGUCUCUUCAGGUCACAUGGUCGCCUCCUCUUAUUCCCAAUGGGGAAAUCCACGGCUAUGAGAUCCGCCUCCCAGAACCCAGCAUCUUCCAUGACAGUGGCAAUGCUUCUGAGCUCAACGUCACAAUAACAGACCUCAUUCCAUACACAAACUACAGUAUUACUGUGUUGGCAUGUUCCAACGGUGGUGGACAUGUUGGAGGUUGUACGGAAAGCCUGCCCACGCCUGCUACUACAUUACCCACAACCCCCGAAGGCCUUGAACCACUGUCUGUAGUGGCAGUCAGUGAGUCCUUCCUGGCCAUUUCCUGGCAACCACCAAGCCGGCCCAAUGGACCUAACAUCAGAUACAAGUUGCUCAGACGUAAAACCCACCAGCCCCUGGCCAUCGCCACUGUCCCUACGGUAACAGCCAUGUCCCCUCCCCCCCCUGAAGAUCUCCAUCGCUGGCUCCAUGUUUACUCCGGCACCAAAUUGUUCUACCAAGAUAAAGGCCUAAGCAGAUUUACACAUUACCAGUACCAGUUAGUGGUCCAUAAUGACGUGGGCUACUCCUCAGGAGAAAUUGUUACGGCAGUGACCAUGGCGGGGGUUCCCCACCACACUUCGUCUUUGUCUGCCUACGCUAUCAAUCACACUGCUGUACAAGUCAACUGGACACAACCCUCUUUGCAAGAUCUACAGGGAGAGGUGGAAUCUUACUUUCUCACAAUAGUGUCUGCCCAGUCAAGUCAAAUUUUGUCUUUCCCCCGUGAGAUCAUCUCCACAGUAAUAAGUGACCUUUGGCCCAGCACGACAUAUCUGUUGUCUGUACAGGUGUCCAACGGAGCACAUAAUACAUCUAAGGCAACUGUUAAUGUAACCACAGAGGAUGGAGAGCCAGACGGGAUGUCAACCCCAGAGGUGGUUCCAGUUAACAGCAGCACAGUACGUGUGCUCUGGUUUCCUCCUCUACGGCCCAAUGGAGCCGUCACUGGUUACUACAUCUACCUUAAUGACCGUCUUCAUGGCAGUGUAGACAACAGCUCAGGGUCCUACCUGUUGGGGGACCUGCGACCUUUUACUGUCUACAACAUACAGGUGGAGGUGUGUACUGUGUAUGCAUGUGUGCGGAGUAAUGUUACUCAGACAACAACUGUGGAGGACAUGCCUGCUGACUUGGCCACACCGCACGCACACGUGAUCAGCCCCAGAAUGGUGAGGUUGGACUGGUCCCCUCCAGAAAGACCCAGUGGAAUCAUGCUGGGCUAUGAUGUCUUAAGAAGGACCCUGAGGCCAUGUGACGUUGGGUCAACAGGGGUUACAUCCUCUUUGGUGGAAGAGUCAGGUGGUGUAGGCUUCAGAUGUUUCUACUUGCAGUGUCCUGCCACUCAUGGUGUGUGUGGGAUGUCCUGCUUCCAUCCUGACAUUCAGGUUUGCUGCAGUGGACUACUGUACACUAAAAAACCACAUCAUCAUUGCUGUGAGGGCAGUUACCUGAGUUUGAAUAAUUCCUCCAAUCCAGUUUGCUGUGAUGGCAAACUGCUCUUAACUCUCCCUGACCACCAGUGCUGUGGAGGAUACUAUAUUCAUGUUAAAACCAAUGAAAACUGCUGCCCUGACCACUCGCAGGGCCGGGUCUCCGUGGGGCUGGGUGACAGCUGCUGUGGGGGGGUUCCUUACUCCAUGAAAGGCGGCCAGCUCUGCUGUAGUGGGAGCCUCUAUGAUGGCUAUGGGGUCCGAUGUUGUGGAGGCCGGAUUGUGGAUGAUACACUGGUGUGCUGCGGUGAUGCUGAGAGGGGGGAAGUUUAUUCAUAUACCCCAGGUUUUGUCUGCUGUGGCCAGGAGUAUAUAAACUCUUCAACCUCUCUUUGCUGCGUGGGUAAUGGUGGGUAUCCCACAAUGCACCCUGCUGGCAAUGCCACAGUGACACUGCAGUGCUGUGGGUCAAAGGUCAUACAUCAGGAAGAGGAAUGUUGCAAUGGGAUUGGCUAUGACCCUCAACGACAUGUGUGUGCUGACAACCCCACACCUGGCCUGUUGAUACAGCACCAGUGUUUGCAGGGCACUGUGUGUCCUAUAGCUGCAGCAUCUACAGCUUACUGUGGCUCCUGUGACCUCGAUCCAUCUACGACCGCCUGCACAUGGGUCCUGUCUGCAUACACGCACCCUGACACACCCUCCACAACAUAUUCACCUUCCAACAACACCACUCAUGAAACUCUCACUAGGGGCCUGUCCACACAUACAAACAUGAGUGAUAACACACACAAAAUGGCUGAGGCAUACAGUCACACGCAAUCUGAGAACCUGCGAUUCGAGGGAAGCCUUUGCCCAUCGCACGAGGAGGUAAUGUACAGCGGAGAUACCAACAGAUACACCUAUACAGACACUGACCUGGAGCCCUUCACCACCUAUGAGUACAGAGUGAGGGGCUGGAACAGCUUUGGACGAGGCUCCAGUAAUGCUACAACAGUGACCACCAGUGAAGACAAACCGUGGGGAGUGGCACCACCCCGGUGGCGUCGCUGUGAACGAGAUGACAUCAUCCAGUUGCUAUGGCAAGCCCCGGCCAAGCCUAAUGGGGACACCAUUCACUAUGUUAUACUGCGGGAUGGACAAGAGCGUUACCGUGGUGAUGAAAACAGUUUCACUGAUGUGGGUGGGAUCAGACCUUUCCAGGAAUACAGUUACCAGCUCAGGGUCUGUAACCGGGCUGGUUGUACUGACAGUACACAGGUGGUGGCAGUGACAGUCCAGGGAGUCCCAGAGGGUGUGCAGCCUACAGUGGUAACAGCUUUAAGCCCCUAUUCCCUCAAUGUGAUCUGGUCUGAACCAAUUCGUCCCAAUGGAAACAUACAACGGUAUCACCUGAACCAGACUGGGCUCGGAACCAUAUUUACACACUUUGAUGGGCCCAGAAAUUAUACUCUAACUGGUUUGCGGCCGUACACAGAAUACAGUUUUGUGCUGAUGGCCUGUACAGCUGUCGGAUGUGGAGCCAGCCUACCUUCCACGGGACAGACCCUGCAAGCCUCCCCUGCUGGUGUAUGGUCAAGCCCCAGACAUCUGAUAAUAAACACAUCUGCAGUGGAGCUGUACUGGGAUCAGCCACACCAGCCUAAUGGACACAUCUCCCAGUACAGACUGAACAGAGACGGUCACACUAUUUUUACCGGGGACCACUGUGACCAGAAUUAUACUGACACUGGACUCUUGCCAAACCACAGGUAUAUAUAUGAGCUUGAGGCCAGUACAGAGGGUGGGACUGGCGUGAGUGACAAAUAUGUUAUACAAACACCAGACUCCUGCCCCACUGGGAUCCAACCUCCCCACAAUGUGACAGUGUUAGGCCCCCACUCCAUCUUUCUUGCCUGGACCGCUCCUGCUCAGCUCUACAGCAGCCAGCCUGUCAACUACAACAUCCUGUUCAAUCCAGGAAGUGAAAGAGCCAUAAUGCAUCAUGCUGGCCAAAACCGGCACCUCAGUGUGUCAGGUCUAGAGCCAUUCACCGUCUACUACAUCAGAGUCCAGGCAUGUGGAGUUGAUGGGUGUGGAGUAGGAGAGGGUGUGUAUGCCCGGACCUUAGAGACCACCCCAGAAGGUCUGCUGCCUCCCACAGUAAAGGCAGCUGGACCCAGUGUUCUGGAGAUCCGCUGGUCACCCCCCAAAAAACCCAACGGACUCAUCACAUCCUACCAUAUAUACAGGCGUCCAGUAGGAACAGAGGAGGAGCUGCUGGUUUUUAUCUGGUCCAGUGGUCCUUUUGAAUUUGUUGAUGCAAGCCCUGCCCUGCGACCCUUCAGCUACCUCCAGUACAGGGUUCGCUCCCACAACUCCAAAGGCUCAGUUCUGAGCCAAUGGGCUUUAGCUCAGACCUUGCAAGCAGAACCACAAGAUAUGGCCCCUCCCACUGUCACACCCACUGGCCCAUACUCAGCCCAUGUGAAAUGGAGUGAACCAGGAGAGCCCAACGGUCACAUUUCCCAUUAUAGACUGGUUUACAAGAAGCACCAACAGGACCCAACGCUCAAUUCAACUGCUGUUACUGCUCUAACUGUAAAGGGUUCAGUCCUAGAAGCAACAGUCUAUGGUCUUGAACCAUACAGUCAGUAUAGUGUACAAAUGGAAGCAGUAAACGAGGCAGGUAGUGUGUCAAGUCCAUGGGUAGCCAUUAGGACCCUGGAGGCUUCUCCGGCUGGCCUGGCUAACUUUACAGUGGAGCAGAGAGAGCAAGGCAGGGCAUUACUGAUUAGCUGGGAUCAGCCAAGUGCUCCAAAUGGAAUCAUCACGAUGUACAACUUGUACAGUGAGGGAAACCUGGAAUUCAGCGGACUGUCACGCAACUUCCUGUUUCGUCGUUUGGAGCCAUGGACCAUGUAUACUUUGACCCUUGAAGCUUGCACCUUAGCAGGCUGCACACACACCCUGCCUCAGCAUGUCACCACAGCAGCAGCUCCACCUGCUUCCCAGCCCCCUCCCAGGCCUCUCUUAAUUGGCCCAGACCAUGUGUCACUUACCUGGGGCCCUCCUUCCCAACCCAACGGGCCAAUUGAAGAGUAUUUCUUACUUGGAAGGAGUUUGGAGGAAGUGGAGAGGGGAAGAAGUAAUGAAGACGAUAUUGAAAGGGGAAAGGUGCUGUUUAGAGAAUCAUCCCCACAACCUGCUGACACCGUCUCAUACACAGUGACUGGUCUGCGUCCCUGGACACAGUACGAGUUCAGUGUCUGGACUCACAACCCAGCCGGACACACCAACAGCCCCUGGGUAACUGUGACAACCAGACAGGCCCCUCCUUGUGGUCUAGCUCCCCCAACAGUGAGUCACCUCCAAGGCCAGCCCGGUGAGGUGUUGGUGUCCUGGACUCCUCCUUUGGAGCCCAAUGGGAAACUUCAGUUCUACAGGAUUCUGAGAAACAAUGUCAGUUUCUCAUUUAGUUUUGACCCUACUGUCCUCAGCUACACCGACAACAACCUUCUGCCAUUUUCAACAUAUAGCUACUCAAUCAUAGCUUGCACGUCUGAAGGAUGCGUCACCAGCCCACAUACAAACAUCACAACUUUAGAGGCUCCACCUGCCACAGUGGAAGCUCCCACAGCGGACAGCAUUGCAUCCACUAGUAUAAACAUGUCCUGGAGUAAGCCACAGACACAGAAUGGAGAGGUGACUGAAUAUGUGCUGAAACUGAACAACGAAGAAAGUUAUCGUGGGAGAGACCUAAAUACAGUGUUGUCAGAUCUGCUGCCACACACGUCGUACCAUCUGGUCCUUUUAGCUUGUACCCGCGGUGGGUGCACCACCAGCUCCACAAUAUCCAUUAUGACUGGGGAGGCUCCUCCCACUGGCCUGUCUGCCCCGACUCUUAAGGUAACUGGCCCAGAGUCAGUGGAGGUAACCUGGAGACCACCAGAGCACCCUAAUGGCAUCAUCACAGGAUAUGAGCUCCGCAGAGAUGGCGAAGUUAUCUAUGUCGGCACUGAAACCCAUUACCAUGACUUCACACUUGUGCCAAGCGUGGAAUACAGCUACGUUGUCAGGGCCAACAACAGCAAAGGGGCAGUGAGCAGCGCGGCAGCCGCAGCAAAGACUCACCCGUCAGCUCCUUCUGGCGUUGGUCUUCCCACAUUGACGCCUCUGGGACCAUACCAGUUGAGAGUAGAGUGGAGUACUCCAGCCCGUCCUAAUGGAGACAUUGUGAGUUACACUGUGUAUCAAAGAGAUCCAGUCCAGCUCAGCAUCACCAGCGUUGUGUUCACUCCAGGGGACAGUGACUUCUCUGUCCGACACACCACCCUGCAUGGGCUAGCUCCUUACCACAGGUAUGAAGUGAGGGUGGAGGCUUGCACUGCGCUGGGCUGCUCCUCCAGUGACUGGUCAUCUGCACUCACUCUUGAGGCUCCCCCUGCUGGACAAACAGUGCCACUGUUAGAUCUCCAGCCCAACACACACACAGGCCUAGAGACCACCUUUCUACUCACCUGGUCCCCUCCAGCUCAGCCAAAUGGUAGAGUUCUUCAUUACGAGGUGUACCGCAGAAUGGACCUUACCACUGAUGCAGCAACACUUGUCUACAGGAAUAUCUCUACUACUUUCAAAGAUGAAGCACUCCAGUCGUAUACUGUAUACCAGUACCAGGUGUGGGCAGUGAAUUCUGCCGGUCGUGCUGCUAGUCCUUGGGCCAGUGGGAGAACAGGACCUGCCCCACCUGAAGGAGUAGGCACGCCUAUUUUUCUGCGUGUUUCGGCAACCUCAGCAGUGGUGGACAUCCAUCCUCCAGCCCGACCCAAUGGGAUUGUUAGCCUUUACAGAGUGUUCUCAGUAAACCACAACAACCAAACUCUGCUUUCAGAGAGUACAUCCCAUCAGCAGACACUCCAUGGUUUGCAUCCUUACACCCGAUACUUGGUAGGAGUAGAAGCCUGCACCUGCUAUCAGUGCUGUAGUCAGGGUCCAUUGAGUGAGCUCCGCACCCUGGCUGCCCCCCCAGCCCACCAGCCUCCUCCUCGCCCCGUCACCCUGACCUCUCGCUCGGUUCAGCUGGAGUGGGACGAGCCUCUGGUACCUAAUGGAGUCAUUGAGAGCUGUGAGCUACAUCUCAGAUCCCCUUGCCCCCAGCCCCCCCAGCCUGUACCCCUCCCUUGUGUUGAAGGCCCAAAAGAAAUAUGUUUCUUUGGUAAAAGAAACAGCUACAAUGUGACAGGUCUCCAACCAUACUCCACCUAUCAGCUGAGAGCUGCCUGCUUCAACAACAUGGGCAGCACUGCCUCCAACUGGACUACAGUUACCACACUCAGCGAAGCUCCCCAGUAUGUGUCUCCUUUCUCUGUGGGCAGCAACCUGACAGUUAUUUGGCUGGACUGGACAGGGUCCUUCUCCCUCAACGGCUACCUGAAGGAGUAUAGUGUGACAGAGAGCCAGCUGAGGGUCUAUACCGGCUUCUACAGCGAUCUCCAUAUUCCGCGCACCUCACAGAAAACUCUAUCAUUUCAGGUGACUUGUACCACAAAAGGUGGCAGUGCCAGUACUCCCACCAUCAGAUAUAGCCCUGCCACAGGCUUAGAUCCUCUUGAGCCUGAAGACAGUGGUAAAGAUGUGAACCUGUCAGCAACCCCAGUGUACUCUGAGCUGUGGUUCAUCUUGUUGUUAACCCUGCUGGGUCUAUUUCUGCUAGCCAUACUGCUGGGCCUUGUGUUACAAAGAGCCCUGAGGAAAAAUCCAUCAGCCAGAGAGCGCCCCCCGCUGGUCAUGCUUCAGAAGACGAGGAAGUCUGGGGGAGAGACGUACAUGAGGCCCUGUCCUGAGUUGUGCUCUAAACAUCACUCCAGCUCAGUGUUCCUCCCUGACCGUCCUACAGGUCUGACAGACACAAAGAUAGUCGGCAGCAGUUCACAGUUCAGCCCCAUGUCCGUCCUGCGGGUCCCCAGCCAAACAGACCUCAGUCAGGCAUACUCCCAGCAUUCCCUGCACCGCAGUGUCAGUCAGCUGAUUGACAGGAAGUCACUGAUGAUGGAGGAAGGAAGCUGGGACAACCCACUGGGACAUGAUUCAGGACUGUAUGUGGAGGAAGAUGAGUUUGUGGACGCCAUCAAGGCCUUGAGAUCUGUUAAGAAGGAGCACACCAUGUUCUCUGACACUCAUCUUUAAGAUCUCUCAUCCAAUCAGGUAUCGCCGUUGCAAUUCAGACCUAGUUUGAAACCAAGACAGUGAAACAUUCAUACCUGGCAUUUAGUGUAAGCUGAAUUUAGGAAGAAAGAUAAUGUAAAAAUCCAUUGAUGAUGAAUAUUUCCUUCAUUUGAUUAUGUCCAAAAUGCACUGGUACGGUGCUAAUAAUGUUUUGAUGAUUCAAUUUGGAUCCAAAGUUGUAAAAGAAAGCCAGAGACCUGAGAAGGGGAUAAUAAUGGUUGUUUUACUGCAGAAUUCACCUUAAACUACUUUAAAAUAGGUGUUUUACCCCACUGUGUGUACUGUAUGCCCCUCCCUCUAGGGACUAAUAGUCUUAACUUGAGUAGAGACCGGGAUCCAACAUCUAGGAAAACGUUUUGGUUAUGGACCCUGUCUGCUGUGAUUGUGUAGAUUGUGAGAUAAAAAGCUGCAGUAUAUUGGCUGCGUAACUUUGAUGUAUCCAUAUCUUGAUUGUAAUUAUACAGUACAAUGUAUCUUAAAUCCUGCUCAGAUUAAGAAUCGUCUCUGAUUGCCAACUGUUAGUUGUUUAGUUAUUUUAAAGGCAGAAAGAUCAACUGUAGCAGGUUUGCUUCCCAUUAUCCAGAAUCAAACCAGUUUAGAAGUCAAAUAUCAAAGGUUUUUAUCAUGUCCUCAACAAGUACUUGUGCCUAGUAUGCUUACACAAUAUCAGCAGCAGCAAUCCUUUUAGUUGUAAUAGACACAUUGCCUUGGUGUUAGCUUCAUGACAAAAAAUGCCAACUGUUUUUAUUAAUUUGUUAAUGUGUCUGGGAAUCACAGAUGUGCCGUUCAAUUGUUGUGAUUAUGUGAUGUAACUUGAAAGCCCAAUCUGUGAUUUUUUUUGUUUUUGUUUUUUACCAUAUCCUUUGUUGACCUACAGUUUACUGUGAUUUAAAUUUAGAAGGAACUGGACAUCAUGAAAUCGAGCUUUGUUCAACUGUAGUGAAGCUGAAUGUCUGGGUUUGAUUUUAGUUUACUGUCAGUGAAAUCCAGACUCAGUGUUGUUUGUCUGUGGCCUAAUUUGUAUUAUCAAGAAUGCAAUCAGCUUAAGAA